AUGGUCGUCUUUGUUGAUUUAGAAGAGGACGACGAACCACUUCAUGUCCUCGAGGCCCGUCGUUUAGCAGCAGCAGCCGCCGCCGUCACCCAACGCAUCGAAGCACGCAACCGCGAGUAUCAGCGUCAGUUCUACAGGCCCAACAUGGCUGCCGUCACCGUCUCAGUCCCCGUCCCAGCUCCAGCUAUGCACAUGGCUCCGCCUACUGCUGCUGCUGCACCAGAGCCAUCCCGGACCUUCCAGAGUGCUGCCACUGAGGCUCUUGGCUGCUAUCCUGUCGUGAUGGCCAUCGCCGAACACAUCGACCUCAACACCCUCGACAGUCUAGCCCGUACCUGCCGCAUGGUCCGACAGGGCCUGCUUCAAUACCGCAACAUCCUCCUCUCGUCGACGCUACACUGCUCCAAUGAGCUCGACCCCGUUGACCCGGAGUCAACCUUCCGCUACCGCGCGAGGGCGAGCAACUGGUACUACAUGGAAGACGGACGCGCCUACAACGGCAAGAGCGGCAGCUGCGCCCGGGACCUGGUGACGGAGUGCCGGAGGUGUGAGACUGUUGUGUGCAGGAAUUGUGCCAUCAAACCCCCAGCCAGUACAGUCCUCAAAGACCGUCAUCGCAGGCUGUGUCAGCCUUGCGUCAAGGCCCCAAUUGCCGCCCUCGUGAACCCAGCUUUGGAUCCCGAGACACCGCUCACACACGAAGCGGUGCGACGGGAGAUCUGCAGAUGCGAGCUUGAUGGUGUCUGGCUCUGCCAGCCCUGCGGGCGGAGCAUGCGCGCUGCCGAUCAGGAUUACCGGCGCAUCUGGAAAUGGCGCGCCCAUUAUGGUGAAGUCCUUGGCGGCUUGGGUACAGGCAUUGGCGAGGGCGAUCGCGGUGUCAUCUGCGGUCGCGAACAGGCCUGCGUCGGCGCCAAGGAGCGUGAGAACGAGACUGAUUGCGACGCCGAGGAUGCGGCUGUAAGUGGCGCCAACCUCUGGGAAGCCACGGACGAGGUGCAUCUCGAUACCGUGCGGUACCAAAGGACGCCAAGCCCGCAACUCGGCCCUGGCUAUGAGAGGCACGAGAUUGAAGGCAUCGGCGGCGUUGUGAAGACGAAGCUGGUGCGGAUGGUGAGUGUGGGUGCGUGCGUGCCCGAGUGGGACGACGAACGACAUUCAUCCAAGAUUCUCAGCAGAGAAGCCAAUGGCAUCAGGAGGAGCUGGUGCGGCUGGUGCUGGAGGGUCAUACCUGGAAAGGAUGACCUGGAGAAGGCCGGUGUUGAGAUGAUGGACAAGAUGGGUGUCAAGGUGCCCAAGCUGUGA